GAGCUAUGACAGCCCCCCUGAGCUCGGCCAGUGGCUUGGAGGUCCUCCUCUCCACCCUGCAGAAUGCAGGGGAUGUGGAGAGUACCUUAAAUAUUCUCAAUGUCCUGGAUGAACUUCUGUCUGCUGGUACGGAUCGUCGUAUCCACUAUAUGAUCAGUAAGGGUGGCAGCGAGGCCUUGCUCAGCGCACUGGUCACCACCGCCCGCAGUUUCAGUCCCAACUACACCCUCCUGCUGCCACUGCUGCACCUGCUGGCUAAAGUUGGACAGAGAGACCGCCGAAUCGGUAUGAAGGCAGAUGAGGCAGGAGCUGUGCUGCUGACUCUAAAUCUGCUCAGAAAAAACGACCAACACGCAAACAGGGCGGCAGCGUGCCUCUGGGUCAUCCAGGUGUUCUGUUCAUCAGUUUCUACAGCAAACCUAAUAGGAGAAAACCAAGGACUGGAUGUCAUCUAUCGCCUCAUCCCUCACUAUGCCACUCAAAAUCAGCACACCAUCAAGGCAGCCAUUGAUGCCUUUGCUGCUCUGCUGUGUACGAAGGCUAAUGUGUGCUGGGUGGUAUCUAAGGGUUACAUCUUUGGCCUCCUGCAGCUCUACGAGGACUGGCACAGCAACGGAGCUCAACAUGAUGCUAUUCCUAUCCGCCACUCCCUGCUGCGCUGCCUCCAUAAGGUCACUAACAGUACUGCAGGCAGACAGGCUUUCAUGUUGCAUGGAGGCAUCAGAGUGCUCUACGAAUCUACACAGACAUGUUUGCUGAGUAAAGGUCUAGAGUCUCUGGUGGAGCCGUCUUUGCAGCUCAUGAGGAAGUGUCUUCCUACAACGCCUCUACCUCUGACUUCAGAUCAGUCUGCAUACACCUUCCCCCUGCCUGGGAGAGCACACACUGUGCCUGACAUAGAACCAGAAGCAGAUAUGAGAAGUGAAGCGAGUGAUGAUGAUGAGGAGGCUGAAGAUAACCCAAAGCCAGACUAUGAUGAUGAUUUGGAGACUGACCUGAACAAACUUCGUUUCUGUCCCGACCCGGACAGACCCAAAGAGCUGCUGCCACAGUACAGCCGCCUCUGUCCUGAACUCUCACAUGACUUCCAGGAGCUGGAUUUGAGGUCCGAGCCCGAGGAGGGUUCCACGGCGUCCUCGUCUUCCUCAGACGACGAAGCUGUGCUGCUCAACACUUAUUCUUUCAGCUCCUCCAGGAGGGACAGGAGGAGGAGUUCUGCCAGCUGGGAUUGGUCCACCUCCUCCUCUGGGUCUCACUCAGAGACAGAACCAGACACAGCAGCUGCCUCCCAUUUAGAGGCGUGUGAUUUCCACAGUCACAGCAGCAUCCUCAGCACCAGCCCCAGCUUUAGGACCAUGGUUAGAGAGGCAAGGGGAAAAGCCCCUCCCGGUCAGAGAGGGGAUGAGCUGGAUGAUGAGAAAGACGCAGAAGAAUCCCACCAUGGUACCAUGAUAGACACUCUAUUGGAGAGACAUGGAGUCUGUAUUCCCCACCAUGAACCCAGGCUGUACCGCGCUGCUGCUGCCAAAACCAAAUCUAUUCCAGGGUUCAGCAUCCUGGCUUUCCCUGAUUUCUGGGGUCACCUCCCACCACCAGGGCAUGAACCCAUGGCUCCACGUAAACCCAACGUUCAGAGACAGAAAGUGUUUGAAGAUGUCCAACGUUUCCUGAAUCCUGACGACAUCAUCGACCAGGUAGUGUUUGACCUGGAAGACAGCAGUCUUCAGUGUCCAUCUGAUUCCUUGAGGUUUUACUCUAAGUUUGAAUGUGGGAACCUAAGGAAGGCUGUUCAGGUCCGAAGAUAUGAAUAUGACCUCAUACUGAACGCGGAUGCUAACUGUAACCAGCACAUGCAGUGGUUUUACUUUGAAGUCAGUAACAUGGUCCCAGGCACAUCCUACCGUUUCAAUGUCAUCAACUGUGAGAAGAGCAACAGCCAGUUCAACUAUGGAAUGCAGCCGGUGCUGUACUCUGUAAGGGAAGCUCUGGAAGGAAGACCACACUGGGUCAGGUCUGGGACUGAGAUUUGUUACUACAGGAACCACUAUUGUCCAGCUCGGGGCAGAAGGAGAACCACCUUUUAUACUCUGACCUUUACCAUCACCUUCAAACACAGUGAAGACGUCUGCUACCUGGCCUACCAUUAUCCCUACACGUACUCAGCUCUCAAGGCUAACCUGAAGCUGCUGCAGAGGUCAGUGGAUCCUACCAAGGUGUAUUUCCAGCAGCAGGGUCUUUGCAGCACUCUGGCUGGAAACUCGUGCCCAGUGGUGACCAUCACUGCCUGUCCUGCCAGCCGGAGCUGGAGAGACAUGCACCAGCUCCGUAAUCGCCCCUGCAUCGUGCUAACAUGCCGUGUCCACCCAGGAGAGUCCAAUGCCAGCUGGGUGAUGAAGGGCACCCUGGAGUUUCUGUGCAGCAGUGACCCGGUGGCCCAGAGUCUGAGGGAGGCCUUCAUCUUCAAGAUCAUCCCCAUGCUCAACCCCGACGGAGUCAUCAACGGCACGAAUCGCUGUGAUCUGAACGGUGAGGAUCUGAAUCGUCAGUGGAGUAAACCAGACCCCGUCCUCAGUCCAACCAUCUAUCACACCAAGGGCUUCCUCUACUACCUCAACAGUAUAGGACGGACUCCACUGGUUUUCUGUGACUACCACGGCCACUCCAGAAAGAAGAACGUCUUCCUGUACGGCUGCAGUCUGAAGGAGACCCUCUGGCAGUCUGGCUCUUCUGUUAACACUAUGGGAUUAAAAGAGGACCCUGGAUAUAGGACCAUUCCAAAGACCUUGGAUAGCCUCGCACCAGCCUUCUCUUUCAACAGCUGCAACUAUUUGGUGGAGAAGUCCCGCUCUUCCACAGCCAGGGUGGUGGUGUGGAGGGAGAUGGGCGUGCUGAGAAGUUAUACCAUGGAGAGCACUCACAAUGGCUGCGACCAGGGAAUAUACAAGGGCCUCCAGACAGGAACCAGGGAGCUGCAGGAGAUGGGCCUGAAGUUCUGCCACAGUCUGCUGUCCUUAACCAAAGACAUGAAGGCUCUUUACAGCCCCAGAACCAUCAACCACAUUGACCUGGACCACAAGUCUCACAACUGCUUCGAAGACGAUGAGCCUCCAUGUGUCGAGCAGAUAGAGUAUUCCACAGACUGUCCCUUGCAUAAUGGCACUGAUCUGGACUCAGAUGUCAACAGCAACAUGGCCCGUGCUGACGAAAAGGAGGAGGACAACGAUGAAGGACACAGGGGGGGAACACUCAGCCGAGGCAGCAAUGGCCAAUCGCAGCAGUCAAUGAAGAGCUAUCUAUUCCCUCAACUGAUGAGACAGACCUCCAGCGAGAAGAGAAGCAUGUGUAACAGUGUGAGCGCCAAUGGACAGAUCAUGAGUUAAAUCAUUAUUUCUACAUGUUUUUUACAACUUUUCUACAAAAGCUCUUCUUAAACCAGCUGGCUAAAUGAUUCAUACAAACUAAAAACAGAAGACUGGGAUAAUACAUCAAAUCACUUUCAACCUUAAAAUACAGUGAGAUUUUAUAUAGAAACAAAACACUGCACUACACAAACUCCUGGUUCACUCAUCUCACAAGAGUUAUACGUUCUCAUGGAGACGUCGGCAUAGCGAUACUGGAGCCCGCUCCACCACGUUCUGAAAAGAUCAACAAAGAAGCACUGCAAACUCUUUAAAUGUGGAUUGCUAUAGUGUUGUAGCUCCUGCUUGAGCCCUUUGAUAUCGUUGCUAAUUUCG